CAAGGAUACAGUCAGUCGACGCGUGUCGUCGAGUCAGUGCGUGUCUCACUUAAUCAUAAUACAGAACUGCAUCAGAGACGCAUCACUUACGUAUAUCGAAAAAAUUGCCAUUGUCUAACUGCAACGGUAUCGAAACCAUUCGACCGAACGUAUCACUAAUACGGUCGCAUAAUAAAUAAUUUAAUCGGACGCAGUUCCGAAGUCAGUGACUGCAGCACAGUGUUUGCGAAAGAGAGCUAGUCCCGCGGCGAGACUCGAAGAUUUCGCUUGCGAAAAAAGUGCAUAUGUAAUAAAGCGCAUUCGGUAUCGUUUUACACGAAUGUGCACAGAGAAACAAAAAAUCGCACACUCUCCAGUUGAGUCGACGAGUAUACAAUACGUAACGAUCUGCCAUCGUUGAAAUGAACAUUUGACCGGCUCAUAUAUAGAUUCGAGAGUAUAAAAGCUGCGCAUAGAUUAUUAUCAGUAGCAGAUCUCACAAAAAACGGAAACAUCAAGGAUGGACAAAAAUUUCGUCAAAAUUUAAGAAGAGCCCGAGUUCGUUCUUAUAAGUUUCUCAGUCAAAUAAGGCAGAACAAAUUGGAAAAUAAAGGGACCGUAUCGGACUCUACUGACUCGGCUUUAUCAAGGACUCGACGAAUGGGUCGUAAGAUUCUUCCAAUCGUUUCUUGCAACAUCAGACGCUUCAACUGCAUAUCGCUGGCCAAAAUAGAUCCACCGUAGGAAGUUUGCCUUGUGUCGAGCGCAUAGACAACAUAAAACGGAAAAUAAAAAAAAACAAUUGGAGCAACCGAGAUUCCCCUUCGAGAUGGUCGCGUUUAUAAACGAGGACCAAUCGAAAUUCGUUGACGUUGACAGCGAUCGAUUUUCCACAGCCUUGAACAUGAACGACGACGAGGACGAGGACAACAAGUACGCCGACGACGAGAGCGAUCGCACGACGUCGCGCCUGCUCGACUCCCUCUGCCUGGACGAGCCGUUCUUCGCCGUUUCGGCGGCCAACGAGUCGUCCACCCUGCAGCUGGCCCACGUUCACAAAAACACGUCGCGACUCUCGACAAAAGGUAUCUUGACGCUGAUGAAUCACUGCGAGGGUUUGCGCGAGCUCUCCCUGUCCUAUUCGUUUCUCAGCGAGGAGCUUCUCGAGGCACUAAGUAGCAACAAGAGUUCGCUGCUGCAGCUGGACACUCUGCGCGUCGAGGCUCACCCGGACGCGAAACCCGCGUCGACCGUCAGUUGCGAGGCUUGGUGCGCCUUCGCCACCCACUUCUCCAACAUCAACUUCAUCCUUUUGGCGUACUUGACCGAGGUCAAGGAUUACGAGGCGCUGCUGCAGAGCUACGUGCCGCUGACGCACCUGUACUUCGGCGAGGAGGCGCCGAGCUCGGCGAUAGCCCGGGUGGGCGAGCGCUGCCCCCGCCUCGGCGAGCUCGUCGUCGGGGCCUACGGGCCCGAGACCGCCGACUGCGCCCUGCUCAGCAUAGCCCGGGGCUGCCCCAAGCUCACCGCCCUUGGACUCGGCGACUGCGAGAUCACCUGCUCCGCGUUCGUCGAGUUCGUCGCCAUUUGCCGCGAGCACCUGCAGGUUUUGUACGUCUCCGACACGUCGCUCAUCGAGGACUCGGAUUAUGACGUCGACAAAGUUGCCGCCAGGGUCUCGGCACUCUUGGGAAGACCGUGGCAGCCCAACUACGUGCCCUACUGGUGAAUUCUGCGUCGCUUCGAGUUGUUUAUGCUGCGAUAUCAUACAACAUUGUGUGCAGCGCAAAAUUAUUCAACGGUAUACGAGUGCUGCGCAAGAAGUUUGCCGACUAGGCGUCCGUAAACGAAGCUAGUGGUUUGUUUAUCGUCGUGAAAACUUUUGAAACGAAUUAUGAACGAGUUCGAUGAUUCAGGAUUCGACUCCGAAUUGAUUUUAAUCCGCUAAGUCUUUCUAGUAUUAAGAAUGGAAAUUACGUGUUAUACAAUUUAAUUAUAAAAAAUACACUUUUGAUACCAAAAUAUAAAUUUUAUUCUUUUGUAUUGUACUACUAUGCUAAACGAACAUCGUAUACCCCUUUUUCAUAUAAAAUAAAAUUACAUUGCUUCGUUUCUGAAAUUUUACUAAUGAGCUAUUGUAGUUUACUAUCGAUAUGUGUAAUAUAUAUUAUUAGAAUUUCGAAUAUUAAAUAUUUAUAUAGUAACACGAUGCAACGAGAUUUGUACAGCAUUUUUUAUCAAAUAGAACGCAAUUAAACAUCCAA